CUAUCUGAGGUUUAGGGAUAAUCCUUUGGAUCGAAUUACAGGGCCUGGCGUCGUCGUCUCAUUGCAAUAUUCCUACUUCUUUCUUGACGAAUAGGAAAACAGGAAAUUCUCAGGAAAAACUGAUCCAGGUGGUAGCUCUGCGGGUUUUCGAUCUAGAGGAAUGGAAAGAAAAGCAGUUGAUCAGACUAGUGGUGGAACAGAGGAGGAGGCAGCUGUAGUAGUCCAGCAGCAGCCGUUGUUGGCUGGGGAGAGAACGCAGAUCAUGAAAGUGAUGGUGGCUGUGGACGAAAGCGAGGGGAGCUUCUAUGCGCUCAAGUGGACCCUUAACCAUUUCUUCAACCAGCUCCCAGCUGCAGGUGGAGUACCACCCGAGGAACCCGGCCGGGAGUCCAGCAUGAUAACUAUCGUACACGUUCAGAAGCCCUUUCAACCCUUCAUUUAUCCUGCUGGACCAGCUGUCUAUGCAACACCCAUGGUGGUUGAGUCCGUGAAGAGGGCCCAAGAAGAAAAUGCUGCUUCAGUUCUCAGUCGUGCUUUGCUAAUGUGCAAGGAUUACAAGAUCAAGGCAGAAACUUUGAUUCUUGAGGGAGAUCCGAAGGACAGGAUUUGUGAAGCUGCAGAGGAACUGCAUGUUGAUCUUGUGGUUGUCGGUAGCCGCGGCCUUGGCAAGAUAAAGAGGGCUUUCCUGGGAAGUGUUAGCGAUUAUUGUGCGCAUCAUGUGCACUGUCCGGUUCUCAUUGUGAAGCCUCCAAGGGACCAGGAGGUCCAUAAGAAGUAGAUUUAGCUUUCGGUCCUAUA